UAAUAAUCUAUCGAUCCAUUUUCUAGCACAAGAGAAAUGCUCCGAUGGUAGGGAUGGAGUUCAUGUUUUCACUAAACCGUCUCGCAACUACACUAAUACUAUAUUUUGCUUUGGUACAACACAAUGGCAUCAAUCUCAAGCCUAUCUACCGAGGUUCAUUCGAGCCCUCUCUCAAUAACCAGGUGAAGAUUGGCAAUCAGAUUGGCAAUCAAGGAACUGAUACAAAUAUAAGAGAUGAAAAAAGAACAUUACAAACUAAUCUAAUUGUCCAAAGCUCUACUGAAGGGGAUUGCUACAUGGAUUUGAAGGAUAUCAACAUUGCAGAUCGAAGUCUUAUAUUCCCCUCGGAAAAUUGUAGCCCUACCGCGGAAAAUCUUGGAAGUUCAUAUACUAGAUUGUUCCCAGUCUUAUGUUCAACCAUGAAAUAUUUUCGGGCGAAUUAUUUUCCAUCUUAUACUAUGAAGACAAUCUCAAAAGGAAACCUCUUCAAUCUUUGUUUCAGCCGGCCUCAUGGUUUUAACAUGUUUGUUCAUAGGCCUAAAAAUUUGUUCAAGAUAAAUAUCUAGUGUACCACCUCCUUUUGGAAGGGGGAUUGCUCUCUAAAUUCUUAGAGAGUGUGGGCAUGCAAGAGAGGGAGCCAGGCAAAAGCUAUUGAACUGUGUUCAUUUGAGUAAUAGCUUGUUAUGUAAUCUAUAUGUUGAUGAUCCUAUAAAUCAACAAAUAAUAAACUUAUUUUUAAAUAAA